GUAGAACUAAACUAUCUGAUUGUAAAAGAACAAGUUUUUCCCUGAACGUCUAUUAUGAAUGUCAAAAAAUUGUACCGUUUCUUCGUUUGACCAGGCCAAGCAAAACCGAACUCAUUAUAUUUGCCAAGAUGAUCAAAGUACAGAUAGCAGAUCGAUGCAAUGCAUACUUUGCUUACAAAACAAGCGUUCAAAUAAAAGAUGUUUUUGUCAAUGAGAUUCCUCUGCCAGCUAUUACUGUUUGUAAUUUUAACAGGUACUUCGGUAUUGAUAACCCAAUUGAACAACUAGCCAUGGAUCAACUAUCUACAGUGCUGGACAACAGAUAUAAUAUUGAGAGUGUACUUUACCAUAGACAUAAUGAAUCUGUGAAUUACUUUAAUUGGACAAAGCCUGGAUUUUCACUGAGGAACUAUAUGAUGGACAAGGGGUGGAAUUUUGUGAAUGGCUACAAUCAAGGGAUCUAUUUUCCCACUGUCUUUUACUGUACAUUGGGAAAGACAGUUGCAUGCUCACAUGCCAACUUUACUGCUGUGCUCACAAACCACCUUGGUGUUUGCUACACACUUAAUGUAAACACCUCGCAAACAAUAGCUGGGAAAAUGCAUGGUUUCACUGUAGUACUGGACACAUAUCAGAAUCAAUACACCGAGAACAUAAUACAUGGGAAUUGGGAAGGAGGGAUUCUGUUCCAGGUUCAUUCACCUUAUGAACCUCCAGAAGUUGAUAGGUUCGGUUAUUCAGUAGGUACAGGAACCUGGUGUUCGGCAGCAAUUCAGAAACUCAAGCAAAAGCAGAAGCAGUUGUAACUCCACAGAAUUGUAAUUGCGCUUAUCCUUGCAAAGACAUCAAAUAUCAAACUACAUUGUCCUAUUCAACUUUUCCGCACGUGAACGGGGCCAGACAAGCUGAGGCACUUUUCAAUUUCUCAAAAGGUCAUUAUCACACCAAUGUUGUUGGUUUGUCAGUUUAUUACGAAUCUCUGACCAUUACUAAAAUUGAGGAAAGCCAAAGCAUCACGGGAUCAGCUUUGCUCAGUGACAUAGGAGGCCAGCUAGGACUAUGGAUUGGAAUAAGUGUCGUAACAUUAUUCGAGUUUUUCCAAUUUAUUGUACGGUUUGUGCACAAUGAGAUAAUUUCAUUAAGAAAACCAAAGGUAACAAAAACCCAAGUUCUGGACAUCCAGCUUCAUGGGUGAAAUGAAGGUGUCAUAUUUCUUUUGAUACAUUUUUACAAACUAAUAGUAAAAGUCAUGCUUUUUUGAAUGAAUAUUUUAUAGUUCUUUCAUCCAUUUACUAUAUUAUAAUGUUUUAAAGCAUACACCUGACAAUCUAAGACAUAGUUUAAGCUUGGCACUUAUAAUAUACAUUCUGCUUUGUAUUGUUUUAAAAAUUAUUUUAAUCUGUGGAUUUUCAGAAUUUAAAAAACGACAGAAAUACAUUUAAUUUUUAUUUGUACGUCAUAUAAAUGUAUACCAUAGUAAGAAAAAAGGAGAAUUUAACACAUGCAUUAUUACUACUGUUGGAUACAUAUUUGCAAAAUGGUUGGGAUGAAUUUUUUAUGUGUACAAAAACAGGAGGGUAAACUUUUUAAAAUGAGCGAAACUACAUUUCAAUUUUGUGUUAUGGCAGUGAAAUGUAGACCUAUAUGUUUUGGUACUGAGCACAGCAUAUUUGGUUAUUAAAAGUUUUCCAAACUAAAAAAACAUAUUAUUGAAAAGUGAAAACUGUAGGCGCAAAACCUGGGGGGGGCAGGGUGGGCAGGCCAACCCUGGAAUUUUCUGCACUAUAUUUAUUAAUUACCAAUGGAACGAAUUUUGUUUCACAAGAAUGCACGUCUAUCCCUGCCUCUCA